AUGUGGAUUCGAUUAAUUCUCUAGCUGACAAAGCCAAGUUACAUACGUUAUUGGUAGUACACAAGAUCAAUAUGAGCAAAUACGAUCAGUCCUUUUGAGUUUCGAUGCACGCUCGGCUCAGCAUCGUGUCGGACCAUGUUGGCAUGUCAACCGCGGACACGAUCCUCGCCCUCCUGCAAGGAUGCAACAGCCUCCGGAGGCUCAAGACCAUCCACGCGCAGGUCUUCGUCCACGGCCUCCAGAGCAACCCCUCCAUCUCGGGCAAGCUCCUCCGCUUCUGCGCGGUCUCCGUCUCCGGUUGCUUGGCCUAUGCCCGGAUCCUGUUCGACCGCAUCGAAUGCCCGCAGACCCACGAUUGGAGCUCCAUCAUCAGGGGCUUUGCCGUCGGCCCAUCUCCUCUGGAGGCCCUUCUUUACUACAACGGCAUGCUUGGGUCGUCGUCCUUUUCUUGCCCCGACGGCUACUCUUUCUCGUUCGCCCUCAAGGCGUGCGAGAGAGUUGGGAAUGAAAGGAAGUGCGGAGAGAUUCAUGGGACCGUGAUUCGAUCUGGUUAUGAGAUGGAUGUCGUGGUGUGCACGAACCUGAUGCGGUGUUACGCGGGGAAUGGGUUGGUUGAGGUCGCGCGGAAGGUGUUUGAAGGUAUGUCCGAGAGGGACUUGGUUUCUUGGAAUUGCAUGAUCUCCUGUUGCUCUCAGGCUGGUCUGCACCAUGAGGCCCUGGGGUUGUACCGUCGGAUGAGGAAAGAGAAUGUGGAUGUCGAUGGCUUCACGUUGGUGGGAUUGCUCUCGUGCUGCGCUCACGUGGGGGCGUUGAAUGUGGGUGUUGAAUUGCAUAGGAGAGCUAGCCGAGAGGGAUUUUUGGGGAACAUUUAUGUUGCAAAUGCUCUUAUCGACCUGUAUGGGAAAUGUGGUGACUUGGCCGGGGCUCUUUCCGUCUUUAAUGGGAUGUCGAAACGGGAUGUUUUCACGUGGAACUCUAUGAUCACCGCGUAUGGAGUGAAUGGGUGUGCGGAUGAAGCCAUCCUAUUCUUCAGGCAGAUGUUGAGAGAAGGUGCUUGGCCGAGCUCCAUCACAUUUCUAGGAUUGUUGUCAGGCUGUAGCCACCAAGGCCUAGUGGACAAGGGUGUUCAGUUUUUCCAUAUGAUGAGCUAUAAGUUCAACUUAAAGCCAGAAAUUAAGCAUUAUGGAUGCAUGGUUGAUUUGUAUGGACGUGCUGGGAAGCUUGAAAAGGCGCUAGAAAUCAUAAAAACCUCUCCUUUUCUGGUUGAUCCUGUCAUUUGGCGAACUCUUCUAGGUUCUUGCAAGAUCCACCAAAAUGCGCGCAUAGGGGAGGUUGCCAUUAAGAAUCUGGUCCAGCUUGGAGCAUGUAAUGCAGGGGACUGUAUACUUCUUGCUACAAUAUAUGCUGAAUGCAAUGACAAGCAAGGUGUUGCAAGAAUGAGAAGGUUGAUCAAAAGCCAAGGAAUUAGGACGACUCCUGGUUGGAGCUGGAUUGAAAUUGGCAACCGGGUACAUAGAUUUUUUGUGGAUGACCAGUCACAUCCUGAUCGAGACGAAAUCUAUCGUAAGUUAGAGGAAGUAAUUUACAGGGCCAGUUUGGCUGGUUAUGUGAAUAGUAAGUUUCAAGUGACCAUGCCUGACUUAAAAUGUGAAGGGCAUCUGGAGUCCUCCAGUAAAUAUCACAGCGAGAAACUGGCAAUUACUUUUGGAUUGUCGAGAACUCCUGAUGAAACUAACCUCCGGAUAGUGAAGAAUCUGAGGAUAUGCAGAGACUGCCACUCAUUUGCGAAGUUUGUCUCACAAGCAUUUAGUCGAGAAAUUAUUGUGAGGGAUCGAGUUAGAUUUCAUCAUUUCAGGGGUGGAGUAUGUUCCUGCAAGGAGUACUGGUGAAAACCGAGCAUUGUGAUUGAUUACCUUUAACAUUAAAAGGGAAAAAGAUAACACGUAUGGAAGAAGCCUAGGAGCAAGGACUACUCAAAAUUGCAGCUACUUGGCCCACUCUUGGCUAAAAAGAUUUUGCCAAGGAGACGCAGCUGAAGCUCAAGCUUCAUUACAUUAUCAAGGAUGUUGUCUGACAUAUAUGAUGCAGAACCAUAAUCAAGAUGGAAGUCUGAUGUCGUGAAAGUUUAUAUUCAAAUACAUAUGGAUCACUUCCAUCAAUUGGUCGCACUUUGGUUUUCAGUAUUUCACAUUGCAACUUCCAAUGUGACAGAAAUGUCAAAUUAUCAUACGUCGAGGACAGUCCAUGGGUCUGUGACUCUGUCCUCGUCUGUGACUUGCUAUCUUCUAAUGAGUUCCUGAAUACAAUAAAAUGGGCGAAAUCUAAAUGCGCUUUACCAAAAAAAAAAAGUAAACGCUUAAACCGAUUGAGUUUAUGUUAUCCUGGCUAGCCUGCUCCCUGCUGCACCUUUUUAUUCAAGUAUGACCACUGUACAAGCCCUAGACUUAAUAUCUCGGUGUAAGUCGCAUAUUGACAUCAGUUGCAGAUGCUUUCCUCCAACCUGGUACAGCUUAAUGUACCAGUUCAUCAACUAGACUGACCAGCUCAAUGAAACGAUGAAAUUUCUCGGGGAGCUUAUGCAGAAUGCAUGCUCUAACUAGCUUUAUAUAUGGUGGCUUAUGAAGACAUGGAUUUCCUUACUGCUGGAGCUCCUGAAUUUCUGGACCAUUUCAUAGAUCCCAUCAUCCCAGCUCAAGAACAAACCAAGCUCGAAAGGCUCUCAGGAAAUUAAAUUGACCGAUCACAUUUGGGUCUUUUGCCUGCCUGUCUUGAUUUUCAUUGUAAACUCAGAGGAGAUAAUCUGAAAAUAAAUAUGUAUGAGCAGAGAUGGGUGCUUCUCAUAUACAUAUUCAG